AUGUCUAAAAUGGGUACAUUAGUCAAGUCUGUGAAGUGGACUUUUUCUGUGGGAGCAAUCGGCUCUGUUUUCUACCUCUACCGAUUCAGCAACAAUGGCUACUUCUAUGAUCACGAUGCUACAUGGUUAAAACAAGAUCAUCAAGCACAGGACCUGAUUGACAGAAAAGAAGUGGCAUCCGAAGGGACCACAAACCGCAAACAAGUCGUGAUGAAUGACGGCACUGCAUGGACCAGAACCAUGGGGGAGAGUAUGAAAGAUAUAUGGAACGGGCAAAUAAGAAACUCUGUCAAUUGGAUCUAUUCCUGGGGGAGGAGCUAG